GAGGCUUUGUAUCGCUUUGUUGUGUCCGAGCCGUCGUCGAGGCAACAUCAGUGCUUCGCCCGCGAGUGAACCGACCUAACAAUAACGUGUUUCGUGCUUGUGCAGUGCCAGUGACACGGAAAUGUUACGCUUGUGAUCUCAUAAAAAUAUGACAAUGGCAUUAAAAAAGGAUUUCGACAUUCCAUCGAACAUUUUUAAGCAAAUCAAGCUGCCUAAGCCCGUGAAAAUACAACAGGCAUUCGAGAAGCUGUUCAAAAAGAACAACUAUACGAAAAUAGCGCAGAGUUAACUUACUUUGUUCGGUGUUAUAGUUGAAAUUAAAUGGCUGGUGAAUUUAGUGCAAAUAUUUGUAGAAGUAGUAGAAAAAACCCCAAUCACACUGAUACAGAACCUCCGGAUCGAUCGCCUAAUUUUAUAACUGAACAUACUGAAUUUGUCGGGAACGGUAGUACCAAGGCAGUAAAGCACAGAAGAACCCGUAGUAGGAGUGGUAAUAGAAAACCGCCGCCACUUUUGAGUUUAUCGGAUGAACAUUUUUACGAGGAUUUAGAAGAUUAUAUAGGCAUGGCUGUGGCAAGAGAUACAGCGAUGGAUGCAAGAGCAGAUGAUGUGUGGACACAACUCCAACAGAAGGAAUCUGAUUUGCUGCUGGCGGCUGAGUUGGGGAAAGCUUUGCUCGAGAAAAACGAGGAGUUGAAGAAAGAGCAGGAGCGUUUGGCCGAGGAAUACUCCAAGAAAUUAGAGGAGUUGGAGCAGGAGAAGCAUCUGCUGCGGCGGCGAUUGGACACGACUCAAGGAGAGUAUGAGGCCCGAAUGCUGGAGCUUCAAAAUGACAUCAAGGAGCUUACAGCUAAGAUCGGCACAAGGGAUAACUCGGUUAAGCAGAGAGAUGAAGAGAAAGCCGGCUUGAUAGCAGAACUAACUGCACAGAACUCGCGUCUCACUGUGCAGUUGAAGGAGUCAUCAGCUACGGAGGCACAACUCCUGGCACAGCUUGAGGGACUAAAGGACCAGUGCUCGAUCAGGAAGACCAGCUUGCAGGAUCAUGUACAAAGUCUGGAGUCCCUGAAAGCGGAACUGGCGCUCAUGAGUGAUAAGAGGACCGACUUGGAGCGAAGACUGAGCACUUCCCUCCGCGACAAAGAUAGCAUAAUGCAACAGCUUGAUGAAGCUAACGACAGAAUUUCUGCGCUCGAAAGACAACUGAAAGAACAGGAACACUUAUAUCAAAACACCCUCAAAGAGCUGGAACGUCUCCAAAGAUCCCAUGACACUCUCGCCGAACGCGUUGGGGCUCCAGACGCUACCGAUGCUACUGACACGGCGCGGUCCUUACACGCUGAAAUGGAAACAGAACCGGAGGAAGAAGACAACAACUGGUUGCGGAGUGAGGCCAUCCAAGUCUUCAAGCAGCUCAGAACACUUGCUUUACAACUGAAUACGGGACACGAUGACGAUUCAGGUCUCCAUUCAGAUUUAUCGCUAACUUCUUUGGACGGUGACGAGGGUGAGACUCUUCGUCGUGGAGCCCUAGCGGCCGCGUGUGCAGAUGCCGUAGCUGCCUACGCCCAACUCGAAGGUUCCAGAGUUCGAGACUCCAUUGCUGCGCAUGCGCGACGUGCGAUGGAGAGGGAGAGACAGAUUGAUGAGAAGAAUGAGAUUAUUGCUGAUCUAUCUUCUAAGUUAUCGGUGGCAGAAGUAGAACUCCGCGCGGCUGCAGAAGAAAGAGACAAACUGCUGAACGACGCUAAUUACAGCAGCCUGCAGAACGAUGAUGCUGUCACUAAGGCCAGGCAAGAGAGGGACGAAGCAAUCGAGAGAAAGAAGACAGUAGAGGUGGCCCUGGCGAAAACAAGGGUGGAGCUGAUGCAAGCUAACAGCCAGCUGUACGAAGCAGUACGACAGAAGAUCGACCUUGGUCAACAACUGGAGCAGUGGCAGAUGGACAUGCAGGAAUUGAUCGAUGAGCAAAUGAAGCGCAAACUGACCACCCAAGAGAAGAGGAGGAAGUUGCCCGAACCGCCUGCCCCGACAAGGACCGCCAGGAUCCUAGGAUUUUUUCAACGGUGAUCUGCUGUACCCAACUCUUGGUGCAUCUCUCUCCGGCCAUAAACAAAAACACCGCCACCAUUUUAUAUCUAUUUAUUAUUAAACAUCACGACGAAAACAUUUUCCCCGCUGCGUUGAGCGUCUUUACGCCAUUGUACAAAGAUAAUUUAUCAUCUGUGGCCCUCGUGGCCGCCAUUUUGUCGACGAACGCGUUCGCAUUCGUCAUGUUCGUAAGUUAUAGUGUAAUUUUAUUUUUCAAACCUUGUGAUGUUUAUACAUUUGCAGUGAUAGUUAGUGUCUUAAUUAGAUUGUUUAUAGUAAGCGUACGUUUAAUUAUAACGUUUUACUGAGUUUAAGGUGAAUUACGAGAUUGUAGGUUAUCUAUAACUGCACUUGGCUGAAUUAAAUCUUUGGGCAUUCCGUACAAAAAUAGUAUAAGAAAAAUAUCAUUCCUUACUUUUUAGUAGAAUAUUAUGUCAGAGCGGAUAUGGUAGGUACAACAGAUUAAAUAAAAAUCCAGGAGUUUUACCAUAAACUAGGUUAGAGUGUCGAAUUUAGUGAACGAAUUAAAACACGAUAAUCGAAAUAUUUAAUAGAUCAUACUCGCUCGCCGUUUCAUCAUCUAAUAUCAGCCAUACCUACCUAACAAUGCUAACCUUAUCUUAUUUGUAUAGAUUUUAUAUUGUAACUAAAUAAGUACUUACACCGAGAAUGGGAGAAUAAAAGCAUAACAACAAAGAUUAACAAAUUCAUAUUUGAAACAAGCCCAUAUUCAUCCAAUUUUGAAAUGUAACUUUUCUACUCCAAAAUUACGUCAUCAUUUUGUUUAUCUUGGUCCCAUUCUUAUAUUGUCCACUCUUCUUUCUUCAAACAUUAUUAUCAGAGUUAUUAUCAGGUUUCUUUAGAAUAUAAUAUUUAACAUUUUGCCUCAGGCUAUUUUUUGAUAUAAAAAAAAUAUGGAUAUAUUUUACAGAUUAUUAAGUGAAUCGGGAGGAUAUUUUUUUAUAUUUUACUGAGUUAAUUCUAGGGAUAUUUUACAUAUAUUUGUGAACCAUGAAUAUUUUAUAUUUUACUACUGAAUGAAUUCCGCUAAAUAUUUUAAAAUUUAAACAUAUUCUUACCUAUAUUUUUAAAAAUGACUUAAUUAUGAAUAUUUAAAAUUAUAAUUAUUAUUAAUAAAAAUCUUUGGCAUAAAAAUAUGAAUGUUUUCCUACUUGUAAAUAACACUUUUUGCCGUUCUACAACGAUCUACUUUAUUGCCUAAUGUUUCACUAGAAGUGAAAUUCAUCGGUGCACUUAUUAGUGUUAACUUAGAUAAGCUGUACCUAAGCAUGAAUACCUAUACCCUGUUCGUCGAAACGAGCUGAUAGGAAAAGUAGUGGUGAUUUAAUUAAGUACGUUAACUUAAAACUAAAGCUACGAGGGUUCCAAACGCGCCCAAGUCUGAGAAGAGCCCACAGCAAACUCAGCCGGGUAUUCUUUUUUUACUAUCACCACUUGACAAAAUCACAACUAUCAAAGCUGGUUGGCAACUCAUUCCCAGUCGUUUGUUAUGUUAACCUAGCUUGUUCACUGGAUUGUUUCAUAGCUUUCGAUGGUUUAAGUAUUUUUCAUUACAUACAAUAAUUUUACAAUUAAAAUAUCUCAUUAUUAAUUUUAUCUCGAUACCGUAAUAUGGUCGAAGGCCUUGGCAAAAGCUAGCAACCUUUAAAGUGUUUUCUGUAAGUAAGCAAUAUAUCUAAAUGCACCCUUACAUUUCUAGGAAAUGGUCACACCCACUAACCAAUCACGAUCAUAUUGCAUCCUUUUGAUUGACUAUGCAAUUGGGUAUUUUUCGACUUUUGAAUUUGAUAAAUAUUAUUACUUUAUUAUAAACUAGGAUAAAAAUAAUGACGUACGCUGAAAAAAAUAUUAAAAUCCAACAAAGAUUUACAAAGUUACAGGCAUUUUAAUUUUGGAGUGGGAGGGUCUUUUAUCCCUUUCUUGCAAAACGAAAAUUUGUAUGAAACCGCACGAAGCUACUAUGGAAUUAGCACGGAGUGACGUCAAAAUGCUAUUAUCGCUAUCUCUGUCUAAUCUGAAAUAUUUAAAUGCUUAUGACUUUUUGUUAUUUGAUCGAUUUAAUUAGUUUUUUUCAGUUUACGUCAUUAUUUUCAUCCUAGUUUAUAAUAAAGUAAUAAAAAAAUUGGAGUAAAAUACCCUAUUGUGCAUAGAGAGAGCGCCCUAUGUUAGCUCGACUCCCUGAACAAGGUAUAGGUAGGUAACAUUAAAUUAGCCAUAUUAUUCACAGUAAAUUAACUUAGUAUGUAACGAUCUGCUGCAAUUCUAGACAUAUACAAUAGGAAUAAUAUUAACUGUCUACAACUUAAUAACAUAUUACAACAAUUGAAACUUUUACAAUUUUAUCCAAAAAAACUAUCAAUGUGAACUUAAACAGUUGAAAUAGAUAAAUGCCUUUUAAAGUGCCUUGAAACAAUGAAUAAUUUUAUUCAGUCAAUUUUUUUAUUGAUAUAAAUAUUUAUUGUAAUACUUAGGUACCUUCAAACAUUAUCAUAAUAAGGAAGUGCAAUAUGAAAAAACCAGACACAUUAACUACCUAGUGCACAAUAAUUAUUUCCCGUCGAAUGACGUCACUGAAAUAUUUUCUAUUGAAAAUAGAUGGCGUGGUUUUCUAUGGGUCUCUUAGCAAACAGCACUACUAUCUAAAGAUUUAUUAUUCUUAAUUAUUCUAGGAAAGCAAAGCUAUCCGAAUAAUGUACUUACAGAAAGGUAUAUUUUUCUAUUGCCGUUUCGUAGCUUGAGACCAUGUAAUUAUUAGGUAAAACACUCAAUACUUAUCUAGGCACCUUAAGAACCAGAUAACUAAGCCUUCGAAUUUGUCAAAAACACCGUAAAAUGGUAAAAAUCUAUUGUUUCGCUCUGUUUCUGUGCAAUGCAAAAAUGUAAGUGUGCGAUACAUUGAUUUUUGAUACGUGGUUAAAAUAAGUUGGCUUAUAUUUUUGUCUUAAAGCGUACCUUGUUAGGUGCUAACCUAAAAAGUGUAGGAAGCUGAGUAUGUCGGAAUAUCUACCUAUAAUUUAUUUUGUAAUGGGGAGGUAAGAAUACCUAUAGUGAGUUUAAAAAAGUACCUAGGUAUCGAAAUUUAAAAACAAAACUAGAGCAAAACAAGGAGUAAUAAAUGGCUUGCUUAGUUUUAAAAGUAUUUUAAUUUGAUGCAUAAGUUUUAGAGGAUUUUUUUAAUUUAAGACUGAAUGAGAUUACCUUUGCAUUGUAGUCUUCGACUGCAAAUUUGAAAGUACCAAUAUUCCCUUUUUUCAGGUUUUUGGAGAUAGGUUCAUGAACCUACAUUUCACUAAAUAACUAUACUUAUUUAAGUUUCCAUUAGUUUAUUCUUUGAUUUCUGUAAGUAAUCUAAUUUUACAGAUUGACCACAAUUGAAAUAGUGAGUAAUUCUGAAUAAGCUCAAAUAUUGUUUUCUAUGGAAUAUUAAUAUUAAUACGUCCAUCAAUCCACACAUAUAUUCUUGGUUUAUUUUAUUAAUAUUAUCUAUUUAGGUACCUAUGCAUAAUUAUUGUGCAACUUAUUCAUAUUAUGAUGUUGGAAGGUUGCCUAAACCACUUAAUGUUUUUAUUUUUAUCGAUGUGACUACGGCACUUAAACCGUUAUAAACUUGUAAACCUGCGAGCAGGUAUAGGAUUAUGAAUAUUAAAAAAAAUAGGUGUUCCAUUCAAAACUUCAUAUAUCAAGUCGGGAAAAUGAUUAACUAGACUGCCAUCGAACUUAAGCCGGAUUACAAGACAUCUUUACCUCCAAUAAAUUAUAGCAAUAUAAUAAAAUUACAAAAUCCUCUGAUAUUGAUAAAAUAAAUCAUGAAAUUCGCUAAAUAAAUAAAAUAAUUAACAGUUGUGUAAGCAUCUCAUAAGUGUACUUAAAUAUUGUAAUAAUUUUAUUUUACUUUUAACUAAUGAUGACUAGUUAGUUUGUAGUUUGAGUAUCAGUAAAUAAUUACGUGGAAAUUUUAUUAAUGAAAUAAAUAAAGCAAGAAUUCUA